CAGGGGAGGCUGAAACUUGUCACCUUACAAGCACGGCAGACAGACGCAUUUAUCGACAUGAUAGUCACAAAUUCCUACAUGUUGGCUGUCGUAUGAAGAGGUAGUCGUUUUAUAUAGUUUACGUUUGAUGUUUAGUCUGCUAAAGUAUUUAUAUUUUAUGUAAUUGUGUAUACCGCAAUACAAUUUAGCGCCACCACUUAUGGACAUCAUGAUGAUGGGAGUUAACUGUCGCUGAUAGUCUGACCGACUUGCAACAAUGUUGCCCUCACUUAACAUUUUGACCAGAUCCACUACCCAAUUGGUGUCACACUCAAAGUUUUGGAGUCAAUGUCAUCUGUGGUGCCCAUGCCGGAAUGUCUCCGUUAUACCAGGAGGGUGGAAACCACGGAAGGUUCCACCAAGAUACCUCGGCCAGCUAAGCCCCUUCACUCAUCCACACUUCAUAAAAAAUGGUGAGGUGACCCCUGGCUUAACCCAAACAGAGUUUGAUCUCCGUCGGCAAAGACUGGCCUCUCUCAUCGAGGUUCAGGCAGAUCGGCUGGGACCCACUGCUUCGUCCAACAAACACCUCGUCAUUGUCCUGUCCCACCCAAUCUGCUACAUGACCAAUGACAUCCCCUACCCCUUCCACCAGAACCAGGACUUCCUCUACCUCACAGGCAUCCUUGAACCAGACAGCGCCCUGGUUCUGUGUGGUACUGGCCGCCCGGACCAGGCCAUCCUCUUUGUACCCCGCAGGGACCCGGCCAGUGAGCUGUGGGACGGGCCCAGGUCAGGGAAGGAUGGGGCGGCAGCGUUGACCGGGGUCGAGAGGGUCCAUUGCACAGAAGAGUUGGGACUUGUACUCAAAAGCCUUAAAGGUAGCACUGUGUGGUAUGAUGGCUCCAAGCCCUGCCACCCUGGGCUCCACCAAACCCAUGUUCGGCCUCUGCUGGAAGGGGGCCCCAUGGUGCGCUCUCUCAGACCCCUUACACACUCCCUCAGGGUCCUCAAGAGCCCAGCCGAGGUGGCUCUCAUGAAGGAGGCUGGUCGCAUCACAGCACAGGUGAGUCACCUCACACACGCCAUGAGUGAAGCACUCUCAACUGUUCACAUAAACCCUCUGCAUCCCCUCUUUCAGGCAUUCAAGAAGACUAUGAGUAUGUCUCAAGGGGAUAUUGAUGAAGCUCUACUGUAUGCUAAGUUUGAUUUUGAGUGCCGUGCCCAUGGAGCCAAUUUCUUGGCCUAUCCUCCUGUGGUUGCUGGUGGAAACCGAGCCAAUACACUUCAUUACAUAAACAACAACCAGAUUGUCAAGAAUGGGGAGAUGGUGCUACUUGAUGGAGGGUGUGAAUACUUUUGUUAUGUCAGUGAUAUUACCCGCACCUGGCCGGUGAACGGAAAGUUCAGCCCUGCCCAGGCAGAGUUGUAUGAGGGGGUGUUGGAGGUGCAGAAGGCCUGUCUGUCUCUGUGCUCCCCAGGAGCCAGUCUGGACCACAUCUACAGCACCAUGUUGGCUCUGCUGGGACGCCAACUCAAACAGCUGGGUAUCGUGAAGGGCUCCACCAGUGAUGCUGAUACACUUAAGGCGGCGCGGCGCUACUGCCCCCACCAUGUUGGUCACUACCUGGGCAUGGAUGUGCACGAUACCCCUGAGCUUUCCCGCUCUCAGCCCCUCCAGCCUGGAAUGGCAAUCACAAUAGAGCCAGGGCUGUACAUAUGUGAGGAUGAUGACCAGGUUCCAGAGCGAUUCCGUGGACUUGGGGUGAGAAUAGAGGACGACGUUGUGAUUCAAGACGAGAUAAACCCCUUGAUCCUGUCCUCUGACACACCCAAAACCAUUGCUGAUGUUGAAAGAGCCUGUGCACAGAGUUAGGGCUGAGAGAGACCAGACAUGGGGAGGGUAUAUACCUUGCUCCCAACUGGAGUGUGACUGUAUACACUCCUCAAAAUGCUGAGUGUGAGCAAGAGUGAGUGUUCAUCCCUCUCGAGUGACUGGUCACAUUUCAGUGGGUUCUUCUUCGGUAUUGGCGAUUGCACAAUUUAAUGUGCAUCCUGCCAGCUACUGUGCGGGAUGGAAACAGGGUUUCCCCAAAAAGCGUAACUACCAACAAAAAAUGAACAAACUACCAAAAAGAAAAUAUCAAAACAACUUCACUGUUAAAAAAUAAACUGAUCUGAUCCCUACACAGGCUCAGGGGGAGCCUGGGAGGGCGGGCUGUCUUCCGGCGCCAAUAUCCCUUCGAAGUGCUUCAGAUGUAUACUAAACAAAAAUAUAAAGUGUUGGUCCCAUGUUUCAUGAGCUGAAAUAAAAGAUCCCCGAAAUGUUC